AUGAGCAACGAAAUCACCAUCGGAGUAUUGGCACUCCAAGGAGCCUUCAGCGAACACAUCCAACUCCUCCAACAAGCAGCCAACUACAUUGACUCCGAACCCAACGCAGCACCGCGAAAGUGGCACAUCAUCGAAGUCCGCACUGUAGAACAACUACAGUCAUGCUCUGCUCUAGUCCUCCCCGGCGGUGAAAGCACCACAAUCUCUCUGGUCGCUGCACGAUCCGGCCUGCUCGAACCUCUCCGCGACUUUGUCAAAGUAUCCAGGAAGCCUGUCUGGGGAACAUGUGCAGGACUAAUCCUACUCGCCGAGUCUGCAAAUCGCACAAAGCAAACGGGACAAGAGUUGAUUGGAGGAUUGGACGUGCGUGUCAACCGCAACCAUUUCGGUCGUCAGGUCGAGAGCUUUGAGGCAGCAUUGGACUUGCCUUUUUUGGUUGAUGCAGGUGGUGAGGCUUUUGCUACUAGCAACAAGCCCUUUCGCAGUGUCUUUAUCAGAGCUCCUGUUGUGGAAAGGGUCCUGGCGCCGCAGGCUGGCGAGCAAGAAGAAGAAGCAAAGUUGGAUGAUACGGUGGUUGCGCCUUCCAAGGCAGCGUCAAGCGGAAAGUCGAUCGGCAAGGUUGAGAUCAUGGCGCGCUUGCCGGGUCGUGCAAAGGCGCUGAAUGACAACAAGACAACAGCACGAGAGGUGGGAGAAGAGGGCGAUAUCGUGGCUGUCAGACAGGGUAAUGUGUUUGGCACCAGCUUCCACCCAGAGUUGACAGGCGAUGCACGAAUUCACGUAUGGUGGGUCAAGCAGGUGCUACAGGCAUUGCAGUAA